AUGGACCAGAGCAAUCAGACGAUUCAGUUCAGAGUACCGGUCCAAACUUUUGAGCUACAUUCAGGCAUUUCGGAUCCUCAGGAAUGCUGGGAAACCAUUCAACCAGACAUUUCCGCCGGAGGUAUGAUUGCCCCACCGGACAAGUCUAUUUGGUUUCAAGGUUGCGCGAUCCUUCGAUCCCUCAUUCCCGCACGCUUAUUGGUGAUGUCGGCUUUCAUCGGUAGUUGGAAGCUCUCUGAGUCACAGAACUUCGAUGAAUUCUUGAGGGAGCUCGGCGUCAACUUUUUCAUCCGAAAAGCAGCGUCCACUUCGAAGCCAACCAUAACUUUCGACAAAUUUGGGGACAAUGGAUUGAAAAUGAAGACGGAGACUAUCCUCAAAACCACUGAGCAGUCGUUCACGUUCGGUGAGGAAUUUGAUGAGACAACGAUUGAUGGGCGGCAAGUCAAGUCAACGGUAACCAAAGAUUCUGACACCCAGUUGACUCAAGUACAAAAGCACUGCGAUGGUGACACCGUCAUUGUCCGGAAAAUUGAAGGAGAUACGAUGGUCACCACUGCAACCUUCAAGAACGUCACGUCUGUUCGGAAGUACCAACGCCAGUGACACUUAGUUUUAUAAAGUUAUUUUAUUAUGUACACAGCCUGUCCACCUUUCUACCAGAAUCGUCCAAGCUUUGAUUUACUCACCAAACGCUGUUGAGCUAUUCUCCUAACUGCGCUGAUAAUACAUAUUUGUUUGACGAAUG